GGACAAAAUGGGUGGAAAAAAACAGAAUGGGACGGACUUGGAUAAAGGGUGUUUCCGCCUUUAUAUAAAAAGAGCUUGUGCCCAGGAUCUUUACUCAAAUCUUUCUCAUCCACCCUUUUAAGCUGCACACGAUGUCACAUCAUUUUGACACCAUGUCAGAACUCCUGCAGGCCAUGAAUCUCCUUAAGAAAGUCUUUGACAAGUACGCUGGAAAAGACGGAGACUGUAAAAGUCUGAGCAAGGGAGAGCUUGGAGAUCUGCUCAGCAAUGAGCUGUGUGGAGGAAAAGCAAUGAAAGAAAAAGAUGUGGAGCGUUUCUUUGCAGACCUGAAUAAUGACAAGGACGCUGUUAUUGAUUUCCAAGAAUAUGUCACCUUUGUUGCAGCCCUUACUGCGUUGUGCAAUGAACAUGCCUGACUUUGUUGCUUUGCAUCGUCCUUGCUUCAUGUCAUUUGAACCAAAUAAAUUUGACUUGCAGUAAUGCAUGUAAGAGUA